AUGGCGCAAAAUAGGCAUUGGGAACAGGACAAGGAGGCGACCGUCUACAUCGGAAACAUCGACGAGCGCGCAACCUCGGCAAUGGUAUACGAGAUAAUGCUGCAGAUGGGACCGAUCCACAACAUCCACAUGCCUCGCGACCGCGUCACCCAGACGCACCAGGGCUUCGGCUUCGUCGAGUUCCGCACGCCCACCGACGCCGAGUACGCCGCCAACGUGAUGAACGGGAUCAAGCUGUACGGCAAGUCACUGCGCGUUAACAAGGCUAGCGCUGAUAAACAGCGCGCUGCCGAGGUCGGCGCCGAGCUGUUCAUUGGAAACCUCGAUCCCAUGGUCGACGAGAAGAUCCUCUACGACACCUUCAGCCGCUUCGGUCCGCUGCUGAGUCUACCAAAGGUCGCUAGGGAGGAGUCUGGCGCGAGUAAGGGCUUUGGAUUUGUCAGCUUUGCCGACUUUGAGAGCAGUGAUGCUGCUAUUGCGAAUCUGCACGGGCAGUACAUUCUGAGUAAGGAGGUUUCGGUGCAGUAUGCCUUCAAAAAGGAUGGCAAGGGAGAGAGACACGGUGACGAGGCAGAACGAGAGCUGGCUGCACAGGCCAAGAAGCGCAAUAUCGUUCCUGAGGCCCAACCUGUUCCCCAGGCGUUUCUUCAACAGCCACCAGCUGCAGCUGCGCCCCCAGCUGGUUUCGACCCUUCGGCAAUGGGAAGGAUGCCCGCUGGUGUACCUCCGCCGCAAGGCAUGCCCGGUGGAUUUGCACCCCCAGGUCGAGGACCUUCACCGUACAACACCGGCAUUCCGCCUCCCGGAAUACCGACCCGUGGACCCCCCGUGCCUCUACCGCCAGCUCCAUCCGGUUUACCCGCGCGACCACCGCAAUCACAGGCCAGCUACACCAACCCAGCCGACUUCCACCCUGGCAGCUUCAGACCACCGUCCGGAUCUCCAGCACAGGGCUUCCCAGUUGCUCCCCCGCCUGGUUUCCCAGCUCCUCCCCAGGCCGCACCGGCUGCUCCUGGUGCUCCUCCGCCUGGGUUUAUGCCUCCUCCGGGCUUUCAACCACCCCCUGGAUUCCGUCGAUGA